AUGGAUAUGCAGGUGAGAGAAACUGAGAUCAUGGACCCAGAGAGGUAUGGAGAGGACUAUUUCCUCUCUGGAGCCUUGCCAGAUGAUGAAGAUAUCAGUGACUCCAGGCCUGACUUGAGCAAGGAGAGUGACGGUUUUUCAGGUUCUGGAGAUGAUGGUAAAGAACAAGCUCUGAAAUUAGUACAUGGCAUGUUCAGGCAGAUCUGGUGGCUCUCGAGUGACAACUAUAUCCCUGAAGAUACCGGUAAGGGGACAAAGGAUGAGGAUGAAAACCUGAUGGUAGACAAUGAAAUAACUCCACGUAAAGUCUUGCCCGCUGAGAAAAUGGAUCCAUCCAACAAGAUUUCCAUGGCCAGCACAGCCAACAGCAGCCUCUUUGAAAGAACAGAAGUCCUUGCAGCUCUUAUUGCAGGUGGGGCAGUUGGGCUGCUGUUUGCUGUCUUCCUGAUCCUCCUGUUGGUCUAUCGCAUGAAGAAAAAGGAUGAGGGCAGUUAUGAUCUUGGCAAAAAACCAAUCUACAAGAAAGCGCCUACAAAUGAAUUCUACGCUUAAAGCCACCAGCACCUUGUGCCCCUCUAGGGACAAAAACUGAUUUGUUAAAGCAUUUGGACCUAAGCUAAGAUGCUCCGAACAAAUGUUCUCUUGGAUCUAAUUUCAAAGCGAUU